AAUGUGCCCGUGGAGGCUGGUGGCCGCUCUCAGGUUUCUCUCUGAUAAUAGCAACAAUUUUCAGACGCGUUGCCCGGGAGAUGUAAACAACUACGUUGUCUCUGGUUGCACUUUUUUUUAAUUUUAUUUUAUAAAAUCCACUCCACCUUUUACACUGAAAAUAAAAUAUGUACAUAUUCAAAGUGUUUAUUCCGUUGUAGAAGUGGGAAAAAAGGGAAAAAGAUAAAUCGCAAAAGCACUGAGAGAAAAAUAAUUUUACAUUUUCUCCGAUAAAGUUUUGGUAAACAUUUUUCGGCGAGAUGGCCGUGUCUUUGCAAACUCGAGUUUUCUACGGGUUGAAAACCGAUAUUGCCGGUAAUGUGCAUUACAUCACGGAUACGGAAAUUUUGUAUCCGGUUGGUAAUGUAUUAGCGGUCCACAAUAUUUCUCAGCGUCAUCAAAAAUUAAUUCGAUUGCCCGACAAGUAUCAUGUAAACGUCAUUUGUAUCUCGCCUAAUAAGAAGUAUGCCGCCUUAUGCGAAGCAGGCGACAAGCCUACCGUGUCUAUUUACGACCUUAACUCGCUAAAGCGCAGGAAGUUGCUUGGAAUACCUUAUGACGCUCCGGGAGUAACCAGAUUCACGUGUUUAAAUUUCACGUUUGACAAUAAGUAUCUGGCAGCGGUCACCGGUGAACCCGAUCAAACGAUGCUCUUCUACAAUUGGGAGAAGGGCAAGGUCGAGUCGACGUUCAAGCUGGCGAAUCCGCAGAAUCCGCUGGCGAUCACCGAGGUGUUGGCCUGCAAUCCGUCCGACGCGGUGGUGGUUGCGGUUGGCGGUCCGCACACGUUCAAGUUUCUCACCUGCUCCGAUUCGGUGUGGCGGCCGUACGGUUUCUCGAAAGCGGAAAACAUCAUCGUCUGCUCGAUGACUUGGCUGAACGGUGACCGGCUGCUCGCCGGCACCGUGGACGGCCGCGUGCUUUAUCUGGAGAACGGCGAUCUCAAGAACAUCUACAGGAUGACCGACGCGGUGUCGAUGAAUCUGAAGAUCCGCGAGGAGUACGUGAUGCCCGCGGCCGCUACUGCCUCGCAGAUGAUCCUGGGCGAAACGCGCGACGAGGAUGCCUGGCAACAGAACGUGCGCUGCCUUGUUGCCUUCCCACGUGGAUUUGCCUAUGCCCAUGGCGCGGGCACUAUAGUGAUGUUCGAGAAGGAGGGAAAGCACAAGUACGUAAAGAGAAACGUGUACGUGAUCCCAUCGCGGGUGACGAAGCACGACGAUCCGACUCUGAACAUGGUCAACAUGGUGGAUGUAAAUCCCAGUUAUGACCGACUGAUCGUCACCACUGGCUGGUCCCAGCUGUUCUGCGCCACGCUGUGGGGUCCAGAUCUGCAAAUGGAUCCGGAACCGCAGACACUGCGGAUCAUGGGCGAGCCGUUGCAUCAUGGUCCCAUCAGUGACCUCGAUACGUGCGCGUGGAAGCCGGUCUUCAUGACUUGCGGCGAGCUCGAUCGCAGUGUCAGACUGUGGAACUUCGAGACCGAAAGCUUGAUCCUGCUGAAGCGGUACAGCGAAGACAUAUGCGGCAUCGCGUUACACCCGAUGGGACUGUUCUGCCUGAUUGGCUUCAGCGACAAGCUGCGCUUCAUGAGCAUUCUAAUUGAUGACCUGCUGCCGAUGCACGAGAUUGCUAUCAGGAGCUGCAGAACCAUGCGCUUCAGUCAUGGCGGUCAUCUAUUUGCCGCAGUUAACGGCAAUAUUGUGCAGGUGUACACCACCAUAGCUUUCCAUAAUCCUUUCGUCCUCAAGGGGCACACUGGCAAGGUAAAGGCUUUACUUUGGUCCCGGACGGACUUGAAGAUGCUGAGCCUGGGCACGGAAGAUGCCAUCUAUGAGUGGGACAUGACCACCGGCACGCGAUCUGGCGAGAUUAUUUUGAAAGGCAUGAACCUGCGCGAUAUCGCGCUUUCUUCGGACGCAUCGUUUGCCCAUUGCAUUGCACAGGAUGAUCACAUACGCGAAAUCAAAGAGAACGAGGUGAUACGUGAGUUUCGUUUGCCUAAUAAAAAGAUGCAUCAAAUAAUUAUGGGAAAGGAUGAUCUGGUAUUGUUUAUAACUUCUCCUGGUGGUUUCAUCAUCUCACUGAAAAGUCCACUUCAAACCCCAGUAGAGUCGACAGACUUCCACAUGCACUGCGUUGACGUCACAAAGAUUGCGCUAACUUAUAACGAGAAUUGUUUAAUCUCCGUCGCGAGGGACGGUAGUUUGUGCAUUUGGAAGUUGCACUAUCCCGAAGGAAAGAUCGUAAAGAUAAGCCGAGAUCUACCGUAUACAAAGGAAGUGUUAAUCGGCCAAGGAGAUUUAGAGGAUAAGAUACACACGAUCCAAAAUCUGACGGUGAGAAUGAGAGAGCUGGAGACCGAGCACGCGUACAAACUACGGCAGAUCGACGUUCAGCAUAACGAUAAAUUGCGCGAUGUGCAUCACGGUUACUGCGAGGCGAUCAGGGAACUGCGCGAUAAAAUCGAGAAGCUUCAGGAGGACCACGUAAACGAGAUCAACAAUAUAAACGUCGAAAUUGUAAAGAUGAAGACGGCUCACGCUGAAGCGAUGCAACGGAUGGAGCACGAUUACGAGGUCAAGCUGAUCGUCGAGUACGACAAGUAUCAGGCGUUCGAAGGACGUACGAAUGUCAUGCGUGAGAAUUAUGAGAAGCAGUUGCGGGAUCUUGAGAAACGUGACGCGGAAGAAUUGCAGAAGGCUGUAACCAAGUACGAGGCUCUGCUUCACGAGAGAAAAGUGCAACUGGAAGAGGCGUCGGACGAGAUGGCGAACAAGGAACGCGUACACGAGCACUUAAUGGCACAAACGGAGGAUGACGCGGACCGUGAGAUUCUCAGUAUACGCACGAAUUACGAAAACCUGCUGUACGAGGAGAGGCAGUCCAAUCUGAAGCUAAAGGGGGAGGCCGGAGUGAUGCGAAAUAAAUUCCUGGCCAGUCAGAAGGACGUGGACGAUCUGAAGAGGCAGGUACACCGCGUGCAAGGUGAGUACGCGCAAUUUCACAGGAAUAUACAGGAUCUGGAGAAGCAGAUAGCGGGCUUGAAGAAGGAGAUCAGUGAGAAGGAUGCCACUGUUCAGGACAAGGAGCAACAAAUACACGAUAUAAAACGGACGAAUCAGGAAUUGGAAAAAUUCAAGUUCGUGUUAAAUUACAAGAUUCAGGAACUGGAGAAUCAGAUAGAGCCGAGGGAUCGCGAGAUAGCGGAGCUGAAGGAGAGUAUUCGGGAUAUAGAGACGGAGCUCCGGAAUCUUCGCGAGGUCAACGCCAAGUUGGAGCUGCAGCUGCAAGAAGCGAGGGAGAAGCUACACGCCGCGCGUCGCGAGGUCGAUUGCGAGAGGCACGCGAGCAAAUUAUGCCAGCAGCUUCUGCAAAGAAUCCGCGUCGACAUUUUCGACGUCGCGGGACUCGUGCAAGAGCCGAAUGCCUUGAAAACGGCAGUCAACGACUUGCAUCACAAAUACAGCGCGGACGAGGAAGUUUUACGCAGCCGCGAGGCGGACCAGGCCGCGCUGUGUGAGGUCAUCAAACAAAGAGAUUACUUGGAGAGGACUGUCGCGUCUCUGAAAAAACAGGCGUUCAAAGAUACGUCAACGGGCGACAAAGGUUUGAGGAAGAUGACGGAGGAGAACAGUACGCUCAUCGUGGAACUGAAUGCUCUGCGGGAGAAUCUGAAAGAGGCGCGAGAGUACAUUUUGCAUAUGGAGAGCUUACUGGGUUUAACGCGGAGAGAUGUGCGACCCACGGAAGCAAGAAAACUGCUGGAGCAAGCGUAUCACGGAUACGAAGAGUUGAGCAAGAAAUAUACAACGCAAAUGCGAGAAUAUCAGCAGAUUAUUUCAGUACUGAAGGAAGAUAUCCAACGACUUUUGAGCAAAGUUCCCUGCGAGGAGACGGAAGAGGAAAAAGGACCGUCUUGAACUCGCUCGCGACGCUUAAACAUUUUCUUUGAGACGAUUUUACAGUGAGUUAACAUUGUAAAAUUUGAUAAUAACGAUAAAGAAUAGUAUUUAUACGUAGCAUAAUGUAAGAAUUUUUCUUCAGUGUAUAAUUAUAUACGUACUUAUUUAUUUGGAAAUGUAAAGAAGAAUACCAUAUAUAUUACUUCAUUUCAGACAAUGAAAUUUAAAUAUCCCCAUUCUAAUUGUAUAUAUAAUUUUAUAUAUAUAUAUAAUUAUAAUAAUAAUUUGUUUUCUAACUUGUUCCUAACGUAAUAUAAUGAUAUAAGAAAAUGUGUGAACUAAAUUGUUUGCACACCUUUGUACAUUGUUUUGAACAUUAUGAAAUUACUCGUUAGGAAAUAUACAAAUUAGCAACGCGCACUAAUUAUCAUAAUAAAUUCUCGAAAAA